GUGGGGGGAAGAGGAGGAGGAGGAGGAGGAGGAGGAGGAUUUGUCGAUAGUAGAGACCAUGCAUAUUUGAGACACACACACACACACACACACACACACACACACACACACACACACACACACACACACACACACACACACACACACACACACACACACACACACCUCAGUUUCUCGCCAGCUGUCAACAUAUACAGACAUACACCGCCCGACGUACACACACACACGCGCACACGCACACGCACACACACACACACAUUUACGUACAAGAGAGAGAAGGAAAGGGAAGAAAAAGGAGUGAAUUUAUAUGAGAAAGAGGAAAAAGAAAGAAAAUAGGAUAAAGGAGGGAAUAGAAAGAGAACUAUUUAAAGGAAAGGCAUAGAUAAAUAAGAGAUAAAAAAGAAAGAAAGAAAGGAAAGAAAAGAGAAAAAAUGUGAUGAUUUUGUGAGAGAAAAAAGACAAAGAAAAAUUGAGAGAAAGAAAGAAAAGGAGAACAAUGGAAUUAUGAAACACGAAUGAAAGUAAAUGAAAGAAAAAUAAAGAAAAUGAAAGAAAAUAUGUAGUGAAAGAAAGAAAAGAGAAAAGAAACAAGGAAUAAAAGUGAGGGCGUGGGAGUCACAGGCGUGGGCGUGGGAACAUGGAGGGAGGAGACGCCCUUAGAGACACCGCCCACAUCCACGCCCUUAUGAUAGAGUAUCUGGAAUGGACUGGAAUGACAGAAAUUUCGGAAUCACUCAAGCUGGAAUGCAAAGAGCGGGGUCUGCCUAUUCAUAGUAGUAGUAGUAGUAGUAGUAGUAGUAGUAGUAGUAGUAGUAGUAUAUCAGACGACCUCCUCUCUUACUACGACCACGGACAGGGAGCAAAAUUCUUCCAGGUGUGGCGGGCGGCGCAGGACAGGUGGGGGGGGCGCCUCUAGUCAAGCCCUGGACACGCUCACUCUCGAAUUUCACCUACAUGUCUACUUCGCCAGCCUGCCUCUCAGACACGGCCAUGUGGAGGACCACCCCGCAGCCAUGGCAGUGUUCCGAAGGUUCCUGGAGUCCUGCCCAGCUCGUCUAGGGGCGGCGCAGGACCUCUUGCCCUUCUACGCUCUGCCCUACGUGUUGGAUCCCCCCUCCCACCCUUCCUUCUCUCACGUCUUCCAGGACUCGUGGGUGAGUGAGGUUAGAGAACGCCUUUCUUCCCUCCUGGCGCGCUACCCCCCAGCUGCUCCCCGCCCCUCCAUCUUUGGCCUUCUCCACAAGCAGCCCUCAAGCGUGGGGCAGGUGGCAGCCGUGGCGGGGCGAGAGACACCUGCCUCCGCCCUCAGGACACACCGCGCCCUCAGGAGAAGACUUCAGCUUCUGCAGGAUGACUACCACAAGCUGAUUGGUGUGGCGUGGGAGCUGAGCAAGGGACUGGAAGGGGCCGUGACAGGUGAGAGGGUGGAUCUGGAGGGGACCCUGGCAGCCUGCACCCACCGCUACCCUGAGCUGUUCUCCCUUACUCUUACUCAUGAUACUACGGCUGGACCCGCCACCAUCCUCAAGGAGUCCAUGGAGAGGUGUAGGUCAAGGCCUUCUCUCAACGCCCCUCUCCCCGCUUUGGACUUCGGCAGGGUGAGGAUUGACCUUGGAGGUGCCCCUGAGACUCACGUACUCCUUCUCCUGCAGGCACUUCGGCAGAGGAUCACACGGGUCACCAGCGGGUCAGUGCGGCAGGCUGUGGUGACGGCCUUCGUGCGGGGGGACGUGGUGGGCCUGCGGGGUGGGUACAGGUCCUGGGCGAGGUUGGCAGGCGCCCUCAGCAGCCCUCAGCCCAGGGUAUUAGGGCAGGCUGUGGCGAGGCUGGUCAACGCCCUCACAGCCUUCUCUGCAGGACGCGCCUACCUCGCCACAGAGGAGGUGUGUGGCGUCCUCCUGGCAGCUCUUAAGGGUGAACCUCUCGAUCCUACUACAGGUGACAUGACCCUUGCCGCGUUGCAGAAACUGUCCAUCAGGCCGGAGGUGCAGGAGUGGCUGGUGGCAGGCGGGGCGGUGGAGUGGCUGGCCUGCACACUACAAGCAGGCCACACGCUACCCACCUAUACACAGGAGUACGCCGCGGCUUUGCUUAUGAACUUAACAUUGAGAAGUGCUGGCCGGGAGAGGUGUCUGCCCCUUAGCCCUACCCUCCUGCCUGCUCUCACCCGCCUGCUGCCUGCUCUGCCUGCCCAUGUCGUGCCCUACAUCACCGGCGCCCUGUUCAGCCUGCUCUCCCACCCCGACCUACGCCAGCACGCCCUUGACACUCACCUGGACGACGCCCUGGAGCACCUGGCCAAGGUGAGCGACACGGACCAAAGAAAACAGUUGGAGUAUAUAGUAGAUCAGCUGAGAAGGGACCCCGCCCCCUCCCCGCCCCCCUCCCCCAACCAGACCCAGGAUGUGGAGGAGGACCCGGAGUGGCUGGAGGAGGAGCUGGAGGCGGGGGAUCCUGUGAAGGCGCCCCCGCACGCCCCUGUGGGAGAGGAGCUGCUGGCGUGGCGUUACACUCUGCACCCGGGUGAGACAGAUGACGAGGACAGGAAGAAAGAGAAUUUUCCUCCAACCAGGUCCGCCCCCGCCCCCCACAUGGAGCCCCGCCCACACACGCCCACACUCCGCCGCCCACACUCAGACAACCUCGUUAUAAGGACACCACGCCUUCAAAAGGAACCGCAAGCAGAGGCAGGCUGGGACUAUCCUGCUGAUGACGAUGAUACCUUCAGGAGGCGAGUAGCAGCAGCAACGGCAGUAGGAGGAGGAGGAGGAGGAGGAGGAGGAGGAGGGUCAUGGUGUGAGAGAAGGGUGAAAGAGUGGUCCUCUCCCCCUCCCCCCCUCGUCCCCCCCACUCAAGAUCCCAGAAAUUUUGAGCAUGUUACCACCCCCGCCUCAGAGUCUGAGGCGGUGGGGAGGAUAAUCAGCGUCCCACCUGAGGCUCCCCCCGCCCCCCUCCACCUCCCUCAGGAUCCCCCACAGGCACUGGAGGAGGGGAGCCACCAGGUUCUCUUUAGGGCGUCACGUGACCUUGCUGAUGACGUCAUCGAAGGAGCGCCGCCCCUCCCCCCUCCCCCCCGCCCCACCCUCGCCACCACCAGCACGGGGAGAGAAGAGGGAAGGGGUGGAGGGGGCGAAGGAGAGGGGAGAUGGGGAGGGGGUGUCGAAGGAGAGGAAAGCACUGCGCACGGCGGGUAAAGGAACACACGAUACAAACAAAGGACUAACGGAAGACCACAAAGCUGCACACGUCAGUAAAGGACCAGACGAGCAUUCUAAAAGACCACAUAGCUAUUUAGACUGCAAAGAGGAAACCAAAGGAAUGCGUGAGACAAACAAAGGACUACAUCUUGACUACAGAGAUACACACGCCAGUAAACAAGGAGAUGAAGAACUUAAGAGAACACAGAGUCAUUUAGACCCCACAGGACAGGAUGAGAAUGAUAAAGGAACAUAUGAUAAAGGCAAAGGGGACAUUGAUGGGUCUAAAGGAUCACAGCCCAGUAGUAAACGACCACAGACUCACUUAGAACCCACAGGACACGAUAAAGAAAGCAAGGAAACGCAAAAUACCCAAGAAAACACGAACAAAGUACUCACAAAUGACUCGAGGACAAAAAGUACCACAGGACACACCGCUGAAGGAGUGAUAAAUGACUCGGGAGGGAAAGACACUCCAGCUUCGGUAAAUGACUCAAUUAAAGGACUGAACAAAGGAAUGGUUAAGGAAUGUAGUCAUUUAGAGCGAGGAAGUGAAAGAAAGGACUCGGGGAAAGGAAUGAAGGAGGGGAGGGGACUGGAAGGAAAGGAGAGUGGGGUAAAGGAUUGUAAAGGAACACAAAGGAGCAACAACAGGACACUUAUUCUUCGUACGGCACCUCCACCCCCCCUCCCUGAACCCCCGGAACCCCCCAAAGGCUACGACGUGGCAGCAUCUCGCCUCAUGCAGCAGCUGGUGGGGGAGACGAGGGAGGUGACGCCCCCCACAGCUGUGCCUGACGGUGAUCCCCUUCUGCGCUCCCUGCCCCCGCCUAAAGUGUCGGAGUACAAAGUAGCCUUCAGCUCACGCCCACGCCUGGCAAGGACGCCCCCGGGAUCUGCAGGCCCCCUCCGCCCCUCCAGCCCACGCCACGUCCUGCCUCCUAUCGCCAGAGCCACCCACGCCCACCCCCGCGCCGCCACCUGACCCAUGGAAGGCGUGGAAAGAAAAUACAUUGAGUUGAAAGGGGCACUGCUCAUAAUACAAGAGUUUGCCUUGAAAAGUUCCCAAGAAUCUCCGUUUUCUGUGAUGUUAGGGAUGGUGUAUGUAAGGUUAUUAGUAGUGUUGGUUUUGUUUUUUAUUGGUUUUAGUUUUGUUUUUAUUGUCAUAUAUUGGAAAAUAUAUAAUGUUUUUGUGUGUAUUAUUAUUAUAGAUAUUGUGUAUUUU